CACGUGCCAAAACAAAUAUGGCGGAAAUUUUGAGAGAAAAGUCGAAGACAAAAUCUAAGAAGUCAAAAGAUAGAGUGGUAGAUACAGAUGAACUAGAUGGAGAUGUACCUUCUGUCCCUUCCUUUUCUGAACUGGAUGGGGGUGUGCCUUCCGCACCAUCACUCUCUGAAUUUAUAACUUCUCCCAAAACUGGAGAAAUUUCAUCAAGUGACGCUCCCAAACCAGAUGAAGAGACGAAUGCUAAAAAAGAAGUUUUGCCUCUUAGAAGUGAUUCUAAAGCUAAGACACAUAUCGUUGAUGCUACUUCACAUAAAAAGGAUAAUGAAACGCCACCUGAGAAUGUAGACAAUGUUCCAGCUGAGGAUAUUGAAGACAAGAGAACUGCUGCUGAGAAGGUUGUUAAACUAUUUCGUAAAGUUAAUAUAAACGAAGAAGGAACACUAGCCAAAGAAAAUGAUUCAAAUAAAAAAAAUAUAACCAGAGAGCCGAUAAGUCAGCCUACUGAACCUGUAGAUCAGCUCACAGAGCCAGUAAAUCAGCCUACAGAGGAUAUGGAUCAGCUGUCAAAUCCAAUAAGCCAAGAUGUAAAUACUUUACCAGUUUUUCCUGAAAAGGAAAAUGUGUAUUUGGCAGAAGAGACACCAAGUGAGGUGACUGAAUUACCAAGUGAGGUGACUGAAUUACCAAGUGAGGUGACUGAAUUAACAAGUGAGGUAACUGAAUUACCAAGUGAGGUAACUGAAUUACCAAGUGAGGUACACACAGAUGAGGCUCCACAAGAGGUGAAUGAACUCCCAACCUCACUAAGCUUAGGGGAGAUAUCAGUGCAACAUAAAGUCGAUACAUCUAGUCCAAGAAGUGCAGUAAAAUCAGAAAGUGAUUCCAAGUUGUCAGAUAUUGAUGAAUUUAUUGAUGCAAAGGAGUCAUUAAGCAGUGCAUCUGAUCUUAUGACAUAUCCUAAUGAGCCAACAAUUCAGGAACCAAAACAUGAAUGUUCAAAAAAUGUUGAAGAAAUUUUACCUUUGGAAGGGCCUCAGGAGCAAAGAGAGACAUCAUUUGAAUUUGUUGAUGUAACCAAUAGAGGAGUAAUUGCUCAAUCGCAUUCAAUUAGAGCACCUGAAUCAGGAAAAACUGAUACUUAUACAAGUACCAUGUCAUAUUCCCCAUCUCUGGAAGGCAUUCCCAUUUCACGUGAGGAGAUGUUCAAUCCAUAUAAUGUUGGGCAACGGAUGGAGAGUGAAGUUGAGUAUAUUGAAGCCCCACAAAUAGAUGCUACUACUGGUAAGAUGGUUCAACCUCAGCCAAAGGCAAAUGAAGUGUCAGCCAAUGAAGAGAUCAUAAAGGUUGACCACAGAAAGCUUGUGUAUCGUGAGGAGCAUAAGUCUGGGGAAGUGUACAAGCCUUUGACAGAAGAGCAGCUUAGGACAUUGUAUUACAACCCAAUGCUUGAACAGAAUGCAGCUUACAUAGAAACAUUCCUUCAGGAGGUGAGAAAGGACAAAGGAGAGUUCUAUGAGCUGGUGGCCAACUACUACAGGGCCAGAAACAACCUCUAUAGUGCCGAACAUGAUAUAGGUGUCCUGCAAAAUGAGUUGGCAAAACUCAUGGAUAUUGUCUGGACAUGGACACAGCAUAAUGUCACUGCUCAGGGCUUUUGUGGAGAUGACACCAAGGUAUCUGCAGUUCACACAUAUGAGAAAGCCAAUUUUGAUGAAGAGGCAACCAAGGAAAUAGCUAGAGUUCUUUCCACAAUUAGAACAAAUGUCCACUACACUGAGAUGUCCCUUCAUGGUUAUAUGGCAGCUAUGGCAAGAUUACAAGUAGAAUUCUACAUACAUGAAAUGUACAUGCACGCUCCAGUCUUUAGGGACCUACCUAGAAACUCCCCUGUUCAAGGUAUGACAGCUGAACAGAGAGACCCCAAGUUCUUUGCCUCUGUUCAGAUGUGUCGUCAUGCCAUCACAGUACUGUUUGAAUUCCAACGUAAGCCUGCCAAAGAUCAACAGUUCUUGCAAGAUACCAGGAUGUGGCUUCAACGAUUGGUUGCCUCCCUGUUACGUGUAGCUACAUUAGAGGACCAUGUCUUUCUGUUGAAUCACAUCUUAAGGUGCCCUUCAGGCAUGGGCAAAUGGUGUGCACAAUUCCUUCAAGUAUUGUCUCCUCCAGUUGCCCAUGACCAGUCCUGCUUGGGACACCACCUAUUGGAUCAUUUUGUAAACUUGCUGGCUACAAUCAUGAUGCCUAUUAGUGCCCGUGAAGAUUUCUUGUAUCAGAUGAAACAUGUGCUGACACCUAGUGUUGAUAAAACAGCAGCUGCUAAUCCGUGGAUAUUUGUGGACUCAGAUGGUGAAGAGGAUGAGGAAGUAGAGAAGUGUUGGUUCUACCUGAAUGAGAAUGACAUUGUUGCCCUUUUAAACCAGUUCCCCAUCCAGGACAUGUUUAGGCAUCUACUGCUCAUAUACACAGAUGAAGAGCAAGAUGUAUACAAUCCACUGCAAACCUCUGAGACUGGAAUGCUGAAGCUACUUGCAUUUGCCACUUGUUUGAUCAAACUUUAUGGAGAGGGACUGAAUACAUUUAAUAUGUCACGUUACAGACAACUCAACAAGCGCAUAGGGAAGAUGAUAAGGCAGGCAGUAUGUUUUGUGUGUGACCACUGGCAGAACUUCAAGUAUGUUCACAAUACAAUGCCUCAGUCAACUGUGAAGACAAUCCAGGCAGAGGUUGACCAGUUCUUCCUGAAGGCAACUUACCAAAUUCUAUCAGCUAACAGGCUAGGGUCAUGGCAGUUUAUGGCUGAUAUGCCAUACAUUGGGGUUUCAAUCUCCAUGAUGUGGAAGUUGCUAUGGUUACUACACAGAGGUUAUGAUGUCAUAGAAGCAAUGAAUCAACAUGUUUCCAUAGAAGAAUGCAAAUUCAUUAUGCAAGAUCCUUCCAGUAAGAGCCAGUUCCAAGAUAAACUGAUUGCUAUGUCAACCUCUGAAGCCAUCUAUCUGUUGACAGCCUUUGCAAACAUGGCCAGGUCACGUCCACAUGAAGAUGAUGGAGAGUAUGUCAAAGCUAUUGCUACGGAGAUGUUUGAGAUUGCAUACAUCAGUAGUCACACAAGGGAGUUCUGCUCAAAAGUUGGACGGGAACUUUUAUCUUCAAUCGCCUCUGAACACCCUUUUAUUAUAUCAGAGCUGCUCCACUAUGUUAGCGACACCAUCAGUAGAGUUGGCAUGGUAUCACUUUACCUCUUCAAGGAGCUUCCGAUACAUUUAUGGUUGCCAACAGAUGCUGACAUAGCCAUCGUUAAAAAUUGGCUGUUGAAUGAACCUCUCACCUCCCCCCAGCAUCAAUUAUCAAGGCUACUAGUUGGCAAAAUGAAUUGGGCUUAUAAUCGUCAGGAGGAUGCCCUGUUCUUGCCCUUAUCUCUGCAUCGCUCAAUGGCUCUUCUACUGUACCAGGUAUACCAUAAACAUAUAACAGAGCGCAAUAUAAGGGGUGUCAUUGCAGAUAGUGUCACAAAGGUUACAUCAGUUGUUCGGACACACCAGACUAAUGAACAGCAGCUUAGUGAUUGGGUAUGGGACGUUACUCUCUCGCUGCAUCUCCAUGGGAACAACCAACCACAGCCUUCAUUAACUGCAGCGCCAUCUGUCUACCAAAUAUUUCAGCGAGAGAAUCUUCCUGAUACCACAGAUCCGGAGUUGUAUCUUAUUAAGAAAGGAAUGAAAGAUUACAGUCCCCUUGCCAGCUAUAUAGCCCUCACUAUGACUAAGAUAGGGCAUAGUAUUGAAGAUGUAUGCAGUGAGGGGAUAUCUCUGAUUCUAUGCCUUGUAAACCACUACCACUACAUUCCUGCUAUACAUACGCUGGCAUAUAUUAUGCCUUUAUUUGUUGGGAAGCAGGAGUACCUGAUAACUAAUGAAAGAUUCCUCCAUUUAGUACAGUCCCUGACUGGUGCUGAUCAGAACAGGUUUACUAAAGGGCUCUUCCAGGAAUUCCCUGGCCCAGUCCUGAAACUCCUGCUAUGUAUGAUACAGGUGCAUAUUGAGAAAUCCAGCAUAUUGCCAGGUGACUCUGGUAGGCUAGCUGUGUUACAUCUAUGGCUGACGAUUCUAACACAUAUUCAACACUGGCAACAAGACAGGGGCGUACUUUGUGUAGUUGAUUCAGUAAUUAAGGCAGCCUAUCGAACAAAGGGUGGGGCUGAACUUGUGGCAACCCUGCUCUAUGAAAAGUAUACGAAUUUUGUGAAACCAGAUAAAAGCAGUACAGGGUUGUUGUCCUCCAUGGUAUCCUGGCUUGCUUCAGGCAGCACCCUACCUGAGUUCAUUAGUGGCAAUUCUAGUCCUGAGUUUCCCUGGUUUGCCUACUUUGUGCUCCAAAGUGAGGCUCAAUAUGAAGAGGACUCUGGACUCUGGAGGACUGUUGUCAAUGAACUGAAUUCUAACCCUGCAAUAGGGGUGGACCAAGCAGUCAAGAUAGCUGCACAGUCACUUAAACUAGAGUCAAGCCCAACAGGGAGCAGGUUGUGUAUAAGCAGAUGGUUGUAUCAGGCACUAGACACUGACCUGGAUCAUCCCUUGCUACCACUGUUCUGGCAGAGGUUCUUCACAAUGUACCUUGGGAGAAUGGCUUCGGAACCUGGGCUCCCACAAAGAGGCAGUAUGGGCUUACGGUUCUUUGACAGUAUGUCUGGAAACACACUGUUGAAAAGAAUUCAGAAACGCCUUCAAGAGACAGCUAAAUUCCACCAUACAAAAGCUACAGAGCUACAGCAUAAAGAUGAAGCAAGAAAUUCUAGCAUAGAUGAUGAACCCAAUGAAGGUGAUGAAAAUAUUAACAACGAUGACAAUGUUGAUGAAGAUAAUGUUAGAGAUAAGAAGGAGAAUGCUGAGUACAAAACAAGUAGAGAUUUCAGACUGAGGCUAGUCAGGUUAUAUGAGACAUUUGUGUGUUGGGCCGAGGAGUCCAGACUACAUGACCCCAAUCUCUAUAUUCCCGCACUACCCCAGCAGUUUGACUCAGAGAGGUUGUUAAAGGUCUUUCAAUAUCAGCAGGAUCCUUGGCUUGAGUUCAUAGAUCUAGACCUUAUCGAUUAUGAACUGCUACAAUUGGUUACAAAAUGGGUGACACAUGCUAAUACGGGUUACCAUGGAAACAGACGUGAACAGCCAGUCAUGGCAUCUGAGACAGCCACAGAGAGGAUAUUCCGUUACCUACAGCCAACCACUCAUCCACUGCCUCCCCCAUCCCUGUGCCCCCUCAAAUCCCCUGUCCCUGAGGUGCACCCUCAGAUUCUGUGUGACAGAGAUGGAAUGCAGUAUGCCCUCAGAUCUGACUUUGAGAUUAUAAUACAAUAUGCUAGUGUGUUUAGUGAGCGGGUUUCUAGACAUUUGGCCUUAGAUUUGAAUUAUGUGGAACUUCUACCAGAUCUAUACAAGAAUGAGAUGACAUCAACUGUUCUAGAAGUAGCAUGUAAGAGUAUGGUUAACCCCCUACACAAGUGCUCUUCUCCACUCAUCAUCAGGCCCAGGUUUGAAGCCAAGGCAAGAUGUGAGAUUGUACAUAGAAAAAUAGAAGAAAACAGGGCAUCCUACAAGCAGCUAAUGAUUGAGUCUCUUCUGCCUCCAGCCCAAGCUGUCUGUAGCUCUGCAGUUCAUGUGGAGAAUGCAAUCACUGCCCUUGUGAAGGUGAAGAAUAAUACUAAAGAUAAGCAUCGUCGUUUAGCUGCCAUUGAAGUUGGAACAUCCCUGUUCUACCAUAUGUCCUCACUAAUUAAUGAUGACACAAAGCAAUACCCACCAACUAGGCAAUUCUUCUCUUCUUGUAUUGAAGUCCUUGGACAGGAAUUUAUUCGCAACAAUCCUGAGCAGAGCCAACCAUUACUCCAAGCUAUGUUAAAGACACCAUCCUUAGCAGGCUUCCUAUCACCAAAUUUCUGCCCCAACAUGUGUCCCCAGCUGUUUGUCACAAUGUAUGAGGAUACCAUCCAUGUUUCCUCCAAUCAGGGUGUAGAUCUAGCAUUCAUGCUCCUUACUAAGUUUGAUGUGAAGCACUGGCUGGAAGGUGCCAAGCCUGUGUUAUCUGAGCGAAGUCAGCUGGUGUCAACCCUAGCUAAAGCUCUCUAUGGUUGUGGAGUCACCCCUGAUCCCUCCAUAUUGAUGGUGUUUGAGAUAUACCGAGUCCACCUUCAGACAAUGCUAGAGUACCAGUUCCCUGACCACUAUGGGGAAAUAUUAAAGUGUCUACUGAAGGGGUCACAAGAACAGACAAUAAGUCCUCUUUGCUGGGGGGACUUCCUACAGUCAUUAGGGUGUGAGUAUGUGAGACAAGAGGGGGUCAGUGAGGACAAUAAACGUAGAAUGUCAACUACACAAGCUGAGCUCUCAACCAAUCAGUUGAAUGAGACAAUUGAAUGGCUGGCCACAUACUUUCGCAGAGAAAGAACAUCAUCGACUGACCUCGCUGCAUUUGGCCUGUAUCCUAAAUGGAAGUGCUAUGUUAAAUACCUGGCUAAUUUCAUUGGUUUCCUCUGUGGCAGCUUAGUACAGAAUGUUGCUGCAACAUGUCAGAGUGGAGGAUUAGAUCCAUGUGCAGCUUCAAAGAACCUGUUUCAACAAAUCUGUGAGAUCUUCACUCCCUGGGUGCAGUCAUUUAACAACAAUGGUCAGAUCCUGUCCCCAUUCGUUGAUGCGGACUCCAUACUUGCCAGUGACAUGAUAGCCAUGUUCGUAGAGUCUCUGGAGUGCAUGUGUACUCACUUUGAUGAUUUGAUAUAUGUCCCCAGCCAAAGGUGCCUAUCCAUGUUCUGGGCCUAUUAUGUGGCAUCAUUAGUGCAACCAGGGACCCCAGAACAUGUAUUACAGGGGCUACAUGCUAAGUUAUCAACUCUACCCUGGAAUAGGUAUCAUCCUGACCUACAGGGCUUAGAACUUAUGUUGAAGCUAAAAGAAAAGAACCACCGGAGUUGCUUCACCUUUCUUGGAUGUAUCUUCACACAGAUGCCCUGGGAAAAUACCAUGGAGAGCCUCAUUUCCAACUCUCCACCAGAGGUCACUGCUAGCUACAUGGUGUGCCUAUUUCAGCUGUUUGUCAAAUUAUCAAAGGAGAAAUCCAUUAUGGAAGUACAGAAUCCAGAGUUGCCAAACUUGAUUGUGAAGGCUGAGAGUUUUCCAUGGCACUAUAUCACCUCAUGGGAUUAUGAUGUCACAAUAGACUGGCUGCUACAUAACUGUGAUAGUCGAUGUGUGCUGCUUGCACAAACUGCUGAUGCUGCUAGAAUUCUUGGGUUAAUAAAAAUUGCAGGCAGUUUCAACUCAGGGACCAUGGUUACAAGUCCGGACACUGCUGCUAAACGCUGUACAUACGUACGCUGUAUCAUUCAACUGCUCUGUCAGUGUUCUCACCUGAGUGACGUAGAUACAUCAGCGUUCACUGUUAUCAUAACAAACCUUUUAACUGAGAUAGAAACAGUUGCAGGAAGUAUCACAUCUAUUGCUGAACAAAUGGAACAGUGUGUCAGUCUGACAGUUGAAGUGUUGAAUAUUUUGAAUAACUGUAAUCCAGAAAGUGAGGUGUCUGCAGUCAUAACAAAAACUAUCACAUAUUGGAUAGGGUCGUCACCAAGUUCGCUGUUGUUAAUGCCAUUGAUAACUUCAGCUUGUCGCACUCUGGCCAAUGUUUCUAAUAUGGCACAUAUUAUAGAAGCUUGCAUGGAUGCAAAUUUUCACAUAGGUGCUCAUUUAGGUGCUGAUGGAGGAUGGGGUCCGAUUCUGACAAUGCUACAAGUGCCUGAACUGAGCCUGAAUGACUUUCUGCAAGAGUGUCUCAAACAGGGCUGCUAUCUUACCCUCUAUGCUUACAUACUACAGAGACUGCCAUUCAGUCAGAACCUAGGACAUGAACUAUCUCAUAUCACUAGCUUGGUGGAGUGGACUAGUCAAGCUAAACCAGGGAGUGCUAAUGAGAGUAAGCUGUUCCUUUGGUGGGGAAAAGUUCUUGAACUCUUGAUGAGGCAGCUGGACUUUGGUGAAGACCCGCGAUCUGUGAUACGAGCACUAUAUAACUUUGUACCUGCACUUGUGACCCUGGGGGAAGACAAGGCAUCUACUGGACUACUUGGUGCUAUAGGGCUGGGACGUAGAUCUACUCUCUCAUUUAAGUUUAGACUUACAGCUCGUGCAUUCUCGACAUUCCUUAUUUGCCAGAUUCCUAACAAAUCAUUCCUACGUAGCAGCCCCCAUGCUCCAGGUGCAGUAGUUGACCCAGCCAGACAGUCAAAUAGAUCUCCCCAGAAAAUUUCUCCAAGUAGCCAAGCCUUCCAAGCAGUUGCCAACCUAGAAUCUUUAAAAAACAACAAGAGCUAUGCAGACCUGAAACAGCAUGUAGAGUUUGCAUUGGGAUUUGUGUCAGACCCAAAACAUUGCAUAAGAGAUGCCAACAGACUUCUCCAGCAACUUGUUGUUGUUUUGUUUCCCGAUAAUACAUAUUUGGACAUACUCAAAAGGACUUGAGACCUUUCUGCUCUAUGUCACGUAUAGGGGACUCUGUUCCCUUCCAAGUUUUAAGAGAUCCCUAUGCAAGAAUUGCCCCCCCUCUCCAUAAUAUAUCACGAAAUAUUCCUGUAAAUUUCAAAUCGAGUGGUUUGUCUGGAAAGUGGAAAUGAUCAGACAAGAAAAGUGAGACACUUCACAGACAAUGCCUGCCAAGCUGACAAUUUUGGUAAAAAUUGAAUCUUUAGCAAAAGUCAAUGUACAAUAUUUAAAUAUAAACCUAAAAUUACAUAUUUAAAUAUAAACCUAAAAUAAUCGUAGGACCAGGUACAAUUACAGAUUAAAGGAGCAGCAAAGAUGAGAGAUGAGUUUAGAGCAAGUUAAGGAAAAAAUGUCACAUUUUACAAUAAUUAAACAUCAUUCCAUGUCAUAUGCAUAUUUUCUAAAAUGUGCAACAGUUCUGACUGUAUUUCAAAGUAUCCAUUGUUUGUAAGGAUAUCUGACAAAAAGAUACACAAAAAACUGACUCAAAUGAUUGAAUGAAUUUAGACAUUUCAAAUCUUCAGUAAAUCUAUACAUCUAUUCUCAAUUCAAUUUGAAACAUUUGCUAGAAUUUUACACUCCACCUUUAACGCUCUCCUGUCUUUGCUGCUACUAAAAGAUAUUGGCAAUGAGUCAUUCUGAGGUGCAGUUUAAACAUUUCAUUGCAACAUAGAUGUGCUGCUUGAUUUUGUUAUUAAAAAGUGCCAUAUUGAUAUUCAUUGACUUUUUACCAGUUUAUUUUGAUGGCUGUAGUUUAAUAAGUGAGUAGGCUACCGCCACUGCCCUACAUUUUUAUCUAUGUUCACUGUAUACUUUGUGGUAAUAGUGAAAUUAUGAUACAACUUAGCUUAUUAUGAAAGCAUAAUUUAACAUAUUGUUAUUAUUUGCACAAAAUAAUGUAUUUAAGAAAUUUUAAUCACACUUAUUAUAAUUUCAAAUGGCUCAUUCUAUCAUACAGGAUUUAUAGUUUCAUAUUUUAAAAAAAGUAUGUUAUUAUUAAAAGGAACUUACUGAACCAAUAAAAUUCUGUACAACUGAAAAAUUAA